AUGAAGCAGGUUUUUAUUGGUCAGAUAGUUCACUCCAAAUCGCUGGAUGAGCUGGAGAUUUUGGAGGACGGAUUCGUAGCUGUGAACGAUGGCAAGAUAGAAGCCGUAGGCAAACACUCUCAGCUAGAUGCUCUGCCAGCAUCACGGUACGAACGAACUGUGUUAUCUCCGUCGCAAUUCCUUCUUCCUGGACUCAUUGAUUGUCACAUCCACGCACCGCAAGUUCCGAACAUUGGCCUGGGGUUAGAUAAGCCUCUGCUCGAGUGGCUGGAGUCGUACACUUUCCCAUUGGAAGCGAACUACCGUGAUGCCGAUUUUGCUUCCCGAGUGUACAAGUAUGUGGUGAACACUACCAUCAAUCAUGGCACGACAACAGCAUGCUAUUUUGCUUCCAUUUUUACGGAAACGAACAAGAUACUGGUUGAUGAAAUGUUACGCCAAGGGCAGCGCGGCUUUGUUGGAAAAGUGUCAUCCAAUAGAAUGUGUCCGGAUUUCUACGUCGAGUGCAAUACGGAAACAUCCGUAAAGGACAACGUAGAUUUCAUACGCUACGUAAUCGAGCGCAAAAGCGAACUGGUGAGCCCCAUAGUGACGCCUCGAUUCGCAAUUACCUGCGAUGAGGAGCUGCUGCGUGAACUUGGCAGCUUGGCCAAACAGUAUCGCCUCAACAUCCAGACGCAUGUGUCGGAAAAUCUGGGCGAAAUUGAAACGGUAAAGCAACAAUUUCCAACUGCUCCACACUAUUCCGGUGUGUACGAUGAAGUUGGUCUGCUAACGGACAGGACAGUUCUAGCCCACGGUGUCCAUCUGGAGGACGCAGAGCUGAGCGUGCUUUCCGCACGCGGCACAUCCAUAGCACACUGUCCGAGCUCGAACACGAACCUCGGGUCCGGAUUUUGCGAUGUACGCCGUUUGUUGAAGGCUCGCGUUAAAGUUGGCCUCGGUACGGACGUAGCCGGUGGCAGCGAAAUGAGCAUACUGGCCGCAAUGCGUGCCGCACUUGGUGUAUCGCAGCAUCUAAACUUCAUGAAAACGCAGGACGUGAAAGGGACGGGAAAAGUUGAGCCCAGUUCGGCCGGAAAGGAAGACGAAUACGUUCCACUCACUUACAAGCAGGCCCUCUUUCUGGGCACUCUGGGUGGAGCUCAAGCAUUGGCGCUCGACAAGCAGGUGGGAAAUUUUGAGCAAGGUAAACAAUUCGAUGCUCUGCUGAUCGAUACGGACCCUCAGCCGAUCGGAGGCUAUAAACUACCGGAAAGCCUAACGAAGGAUAAAACCAAAGCGCAAUUACUGCUGGAACUUGUCCAAAAGUUCGUCUACGUCGGUGAUGAUAGAAAUAUUGUGCGUGUAUAUGUUGCGGGAAAACAAAUUAAGGCCUGA